AUGGUUGGUAACGGAUCCUUGAAAAGUGAUGUGUCAAAUGCAAUGGAUGAUUCUGAGAAUUCAAUUCCAGCAGCAAGCAAUUUUUGUCGGGACUUCAUUAAAGGCCGAUGUAACCGUGAAAACUGUAGAUUUUUUCACGAAAUUCCACCAAAAACUCAUCUUAAGGAAUUGUUUAAAUUUUGCCACGAUUUCCAGAAUAAAGGAUGCUUUCGAACUAAUUGCAAAUUUUUACAUUGUACUGCAGCAAUAGAAGAGCAAUUUUACACUACUGGCUUAUUUCCUCGUGACCAAAACAAUUUACCAAUUUGCCAAGCCUUUAGUAAUGGAAGUUGUUCAAAUACUGAAUGCAAGUUUUUACAUAUACCUCAAGAGAAAUCUAAUGACAUAGGCCUAAUUUGUAAUAGAUCAGUACCACCACCAAUGUUUGAUAGACCUCCACCAUAUUUAAGAGAUGAUACUUUACCACCAGAGGCUAAAUUAAGAAGAUAUGCAUUUCAGGAUACAGGGCUUGAUAAUAAAGUACUACAUACAACAAACAUUUGUUCAAACUGUGAGCAAUUAAACCAUAGGGUUAAGUUAUUGCAUGACAAUAUAAGUGUUUUGCUUAAGAAAGUUGCUGAUUUAACAGAGAAAAAUAUUCAGCUGACAUCUAUGAAUGAGUUUUUAUUAGAACAAACAAACUCUGUUAGGAGUGACCAACCUUGUGUUAUAACUUCAAGACAUGGAGCUUCUGCUCCAGUUUCAUUAGCAACUGUGAGUGUAACACCUGUAGUAAGCUUAGCUGGUCCUCUACCAACAUUGGUUCCAGCAGCUGCAACACCAAAUCUUACUUUAGCACCAGCUGCUUCCCAAGCCCAAUUGCUUACACCUGCUCCACAAAUUCUUACAGUUAGUACAACUCAACAGUUAAUGGGAAAUUCAGGGGCUCUUAUUGUAACAAGUGCUGGUGCCCAACAAUUAAUGCAAGUAAGUGAUUCAGGAACUCUUAUGGGUGGAGGUCAAACUGUUGUGGCUGUGACUCCUGCUCAACUUACAUUGGCCCCCCCUACUCAGCAGUUAUUGAGUAGUGGACCACAGACUGCAGUGCAGCACAUUGUACAGACCUCAGCUCUACAACCUCAAUUGCCUCAACAUCAAGCCUCUCAAUAUGCACAGCAAUCAGUGCGACAUUUAGCUGCUGCUCAACAAUCAGCUCAACAUGUUGCAGCUCAGCAGUCUGCACAGUUGGCAGCACAACAGUCUGCACAGCUGGCAGCACAGCAGUCUGCACAGCUAGCAGCUCAACAGUCAGUCCAACAUUUAGCCCAGCAGUCAGCUCAGCAUCUUGCUGCUCAGCAAUCAGCCCAACAGAUUGUGGCUCAACAAUCUCAGCAGCCGCAAUUAGUGCAUCAGAAUUCAACACAGCAAAUUACAAUAUCUAGCACAAGUCAACCUAUGGCUUUGCCAAAUUCUCAGGCACAGUCAAUUACGUUCCCAAUCAUAUCCCAAAGUAUUUUACCCCAUUGA